AGGCCUAUGAGGCCUGCCAUUUAAAGUGGCUCCUCUCUUUUAUCUAUGCCAUGCUUCCACCCUGGGAAUGAGGACACAGAGCCAGCUGCUGAACUUCAACAGGAUAAGCAGUGCAUUCUCUUUGGUGUUCACACUGCCAUGAUUCCAUGCCUAUGGAUGCCCAGCACUUGACAUGGAUAUGCUUUGGAUUUCAUAAUGUGGAGUCAUUCUUGCUUCCUUGGGAUUUCAGCUAAGUUUUAAACAGUGCCCAACCCAAGUUCAAAGGCUGAUGAGAGAAAAACUCAUGAAGAGAUUUUACUCUAGGGAAAGUUGCUCAGUGGAUGGGAUCUUGGUGCACGGGGAAAGAUGUCAAGCUCCUCCUGGCUCCUUCUCAGCCUUGUUGCUGUAACUACUGCUCAGUCCAUCAUCGAGGAACAGGCCAAGAUAUUUUUAGACAAGUUUAACCAAGAAGCUGAAGACCUGUCUUAUCAAAGUGCACUUGCUUCUUGGAAUUAUAACACCAAUAUUACUGAGGAGAAUGCCCAAAAGAUGAAUGAGGCUUCUGCCAAAUGGUCUGCCUUUUAUGAAGAACAGUCGAAGCUUGCCAAAAAUUACUCACUACAAGAAAUUCAAAAUCUCAUCAUCAAGCGUCAACUGCAGGCCCUACAACAGAGUGGGUCUUCAGCCCUCUCCGCAGACAAGAACAAACAGUUGAACACAAUUCUGAAUGCUAUGAGCACCAUUUACAGUACUGGAAAAGUUUGCAAGCCAAAGAAUCCACAAGAAUGCUUAUUACUGGAACCAGGUUUGGAUGUCAUAAUGGCAACAAGCACAGACUACAACGAGAGGCUCUGGGCUUGGGAAGGCUGGAGGGCUGAGGUUGGCAAGCAGCUGAGGCCAUUGUAUGAAGAGUAUGUGGUCCUGAAAAAUGAGAUGGCAAGAGCAAAUAAUUAUAGAGAUUAUGGGGAUUACUGGCGAGGGGAUUAUGAAGCAGAGGGAGCAGAAGGCUACAACUAUAACCGCAACCAGUUGAUUGAAGAUGUGGAACGAACCUUCCAAGAGAUUAAACCGUUAUAUGAGCAUCUUCAUGCCUAUGUGAGAACGAAGUUGAUGGACACUUACCCUUCCUACAUCAAUCCUACUGGAUGCCUCCCUGCUCAUUUGCUUGGUGACAUGUGGGGUAGAUUUUGGACAAAUCUGUACCCUUUGACAGUUCCCUUUGGACAGAAACCAAACAUAGAUGUUACUGAUGCAAUGUUGAAGCAGGGCUGGGAUGCAGAAAGGAUAUUUAAAGAGGCAGAGAAGUUCUUUGUUUCUAUUGGCCUUCCUCAUAUGACUCAAGGAUUCUGGAGAAACUCCAUGCUGGUUGAUCCAGGAGAUGACCGGAAAGUGGUCUGCCACCCCACAGCUUGGGACCUGGGCAAAGGAGACUUCAGAAUUAAGAUGUGUACAACGGUCACAAUGGACAACUUCCUGACAGCACACCAUGAGAUGGGACACAUCCAAUACGACAUGGCAUAUGCCACACAACCUUUCCUGCUAAGAAAUGGAGCCAAUGAAGGGUUCCAUGAAGCUGUUGGGGAAAUCAUGUCACUUUCUGCAGCUACACCCGAGCAUCUGAAAUCCAUUGGUCUUCUGCCGUCUGAUUUUCAUGAAGACAGUGAAACAGAAAUAAACUUCCUGCUCAAGCAAGCCCUGACAAUCGUUGGGACACUGCCAUUUACUUACAUGUUAGAGAAGUGGAGGUGGAUGGUGUUUACGGGCGAAAUUCCCAAAGAACAAUGGAUGCAAAAGUGGUGGGAGAUGAAGCGAGAGAUCGUUGGUGUGGUGGAGCCUGUGCCUCAUGACGAAACAUACUGUGACCCUGCAGCUCUGUUCCACGUUUCUAAUGAUUACUCAUUCAUCCGAUAUUACACAAGAACCAUUUAUCAAUUCCAGUUUCAAGAAGCCCUUUGUCAAGCAGCUAAACAUGAUGGCCCACUGCACAAAUGUGACAUCUCAAAUUCCACUGAAGCUGGGCAGAAGUUGCUCAAUAUGCUGCGUCUUGGAAACUCAGAACCCUGGACCCUAGCAUUGGAAAAUGUGGUAGGAGCAAGAAAUAUGGAUGUAAGACCACUGCUCAAUUACUUUGAGCCAUUGUUUGCCUGGCUGAAAGAACAGAACAAGAAUUCUCUUGUGGGGUGGAACACUGACUGGAGUCCAUAUGCCGACCAAAGCAUUAAAGUGAGGAUAAGCUUAAAAUCAGCUCUUGGAAAAAAUGCAUAUGAAUGGAAUGACAACGAAAUGUACCUCUUCCGGUCAUCGGUUGCAUAUGCCAUGAGAGUGUAUUUUGCAAAGAACAAAACCCAGAAUGUUCCUUUUGGGGUGGAAGAUAUACAUGUGAGUGACUUGAAACCAAGAGUCUCCUUCAACUUCUUUGUCACUUCACCCCAAAAUGUGUCUGACAUCAUUCCCAGAAAGGACGUUGAAGAUGCCAUCAGGUUUUCUAGGGGCCGUAUCAAUGAUGUUUUCGGCCUGGAUGAUAACAGCCUGGAGUUUCUGGGGAUUUACCCAACACUUGCACCACCUUACCAGCCUCCUGUCACCAUAUGGCUGAUUAUUUUUGGCGUCGUGAUGGGAAUUGUAGUGGUUGGCAUCGUUAUUCUAAUCUUCACUGGGAUCAAAGGUCGAAAGAAGAAAAAUGAAACAAAAAGAGAAGAAAAUCCUUAUGACUCUAUGGACAUUGGGAAAGGAGAAAGUAAUGCAGGAUUCCAAAACAACGAUGAUGCUCAGACUUCAUUUUAGAGUCAUUUUACUGUAUGUAAUUGCUAGCAGCAUAGUAUACAAAACAUGAGAUUAUAUACAUGGCAUUAGAUAUCAAAACUAUGGUCUGUUCAGGAAAAGUUGUCCAAAGAGCAUCUGACUUGAUUGGGCAUCUUCACUGGCAUUGCUUUCAGUAUUUAGUUCUGCCUUAGGACUUGACAUCUCUGUCUGUUUAUUACUAGAGAUGUUUAUAUUAGAGUAAAAGAGGGAAAUGUGUCUUUGGCCUCGCAGUCUGUCCAGGGAUAAUGUAAAUGGAGACCCUGUCAGGUAACUGGAGUUGGAAGAUGAAAUGAUGUAUCUUGGGAGCGAGUGUUGGAUUUGGUAUGGCAUCUGUGACAUGAACUGCUGAGGUUGAGAAUGGUACACACUGUUCACUUUAAUCCAAGUGUGACAGAUGGUAGGUGUCAUGCUCUAUGGCUUUGCAUUAACUUACUUCAAGUACUGUAGUAAUUUGUUCACAGUAAUACUUGAAAUGGAUUGUCCUUUCUUUGGUGGUACAGCUUCAAAGGAGAAAGAAGCCAGACAUCAAGUAGAGAACAUGACCUUUUCUCUUUCAAACUGCUUGGUCAACAUCUCCCUAACAAUACACAACUAGCACAGGGAACUCCACGAGCCCAGAGCAUGCCUGAUAGAAACUUGCUUCCAUUAUUUUGUAGCUGUGGAGUAAAGGAAAAUUCUAGCUGAAUGUUCACCCUGUGAAGUGAGUGCCCAGUCUCUAAAAUCUUUUGUAUUCUCUCAUAGGGUCUAAGCAACGAUGAGCACAAAACAGACCUCAAUAAAUACUUACUAGAUUUGUACACUC